UCGAGAGAGAGAGAGAGAGAUGGGGGUGUGUUUUGGUAGUCCCAACUUCCCUACUCCUAGCUAUGCUGGUCAUCCCAAAUCAGGAGCGAAGUGGAAAAUCACCACUUCAUCAUCUUCUGCAGCCAGCAAUAGCCAUAACUUGUCGGCUGCCCGCACUACUUCAUCAUCUCCUGCAGCCAGCAAUAGCCAUGACUUGCCGGCUGCCAGCGACAAAAAGGCCUUCGGAGAUGGAAAGAUUGUGGCAGACCCCAGCUUGACCGUCUUCAGCUUCGCAGAGUUGAAAAAGGCGACCAAAAAUUUUCUACCCGGUGCGCUGCUUGGAGGAGGAGGAUUUGGUUGUGUCUAUAAAGGGAAGCUUCAUGGGAAGCAACAGUCUGGAAGUAGAAAGACUAUAAUAGCUGUGAAAGUAUUAGACCGGUAUGGUGCUCAAGGGUAUAGAGAAUGGCUGAGGGAGAUCAACUUUAUUGUAAGGCCAUUUCACCCUAACCUUGCCAAGCUCCUGGGAUUUUGUCAAGAGGAUAAAAUUUUAGCUCUUGUUUAUGAAUUCAUGCCAAUGGGCAGUUUGGCAGACCAGCUAUUCGAAAAGGGCUCUGUAGAUCAUCUUUCAUGGGAUGUGCGCCUCAAGAUUGCAGUCGGGGCCGCCAGAGGCCUGGCCUUCUUGCACAGUUCCUGUAACAUGAUACACAGGGAUUUCAAAACUACAAAUAUUUUGCUAGAUGGGUCUUACACGGCCAAACUCUCGGACUUUGGAUUGGUGAGGUCAGGUCCUCCAGAGGGCAAGUCACAUGUUACGACAGAAUAUGUGGGUACCUUUGUCUAUACCGACCCUGUAUACAUGACGACCGGGCAUCUCACUAUACGGAGUGAUGUUUAUAGUUUCGGCCUGGUACUGCUUGAGAUACUAACAGGUUUGCCGGUGUAUCAUAUGAAGCGUCUAGCAGGCAACACUAAUUUUGGGGAGUGGGCCAGACCACUCUUCAGUGAAAAAAAACUGACGACUAUAAUGGACUCUAGAUUGGAGGGCAAAUAUUAUGCAGACUCUGCACUCCAAAUAGCACAGCUAGCUUUAAUAUGCCUCCAACGGGAACCUAAGCAGCGGCCAUCCAUGUCUAAAGUCGUGGAAGAACUGGAAUCAAUAGAAGCUGCCUGUGCUAAUAGAAUACUAUGGAAUGCUUGAAUUUAUAUGUUAUGUUGUUUCUACUUCAUGUGAUGGGAUCGAAGUCUGUUGCUUCUCAGGAUUAAUCUUGGGCUUUGAAUGUUCUCCAUGGUACCCAGUAGUUACUAGGUGUUGUGUUUUCUUGUAAGCUCUUUGGAAUGUUCGUACUUGUCUAUCAUUGUGUGCAUCAACUUCUGAAUUGAGAUGUCGUGAUUACACUUUCUUUAAGAGGGGAAAGCU